CCAAAAUCGUGAAUCACCUCCACGUGUUCACCUCUCGCUACGCGUGUCCAACUCAAAACAUCAUAUAACAAACCACAUCACGAGGGAAAAACUUGCAACAAUCACCUCUCAUCAAACCCCUCUUGCUCAGAACCAAAACCAAAACCUUAGAAAGAAACAACCAAAAUCUCAAUAAAAUUCUAUCCAUUUUCCCAAACAAUGGCAGCCAUACUCCGAAACGCAACCCUCAGUCUCUCCAAGUCCGCCCACAAUCCCGCCACUGUCGCUGCCCUCCGCCUGAAAAUCUCCGGCUUCACCUCCGCCUCCCGGCAUCCCGAGGACGACAAGGCUAAGGAUUAUGCCGAUGACGUGAAGGCGAAGAUGGAUCGGGCGAAGGAGAAAACCCGGGAAAUGAAGGAGAAAGCAAAAGGUCACGCGGAGGCAAUGAAGGAAAAAACCGGUGACGCGGCCGGGUUCGCACGGGCCCGGGCAGAGGAGAUUAACGAGAAGACCAAAGAGACUUUGGGCCCAAUGGCCGACAAGGCCCAAGAGAUGCGGGACAAGGCAAUGGGCUCGGCCCAGGAGAUGAAGGACCGAACCAUGGAACGGGCCCAAGAGGCCAAGGAAGGGGCCAAGGGGAUGGCGGAGAAGGCCAAGGAGACGGUGAGGAAGAUAAAAGAGAAGGUGGCCGGGAAGACUACUGAGGAGGCGGUAGAGGAUUACGUGGAGGACCACGUGGGCAAGGUGAAGUAUAUGGAUGAUGACGUGGCAGAUAUGAGGCGGCAAGAGAAGGAUCGGAAAAAGUUUUAACUGUACUCUACUCACAUCAGUUGAUGGUGUCGAUGAUUUUUUUUUUUUUUUAUAAAACAC